AUGUGUUCGUCAUCAUUGUUAAAAAGUGUUAUACCGCUUUUAAAUCGUACAUGGUACCGCCAUAUUUCAGGAUUGGUUCAGUCAGAGUUAGUACUUCAUAAUGAUCCAGUUCUUCCAAUUAUUGAUUUUUCAUCAUUUGCAAGUACAAAUGAAACAAAUGAUUAUCCUCGUGAUAUAAUCGAUAAAUUAGCAAAUGCUUGUGAAAAUGUUGGAUUCUUUUAUGCUAUUGGUCAUGGAAUAUCAAAUGAAUUACUACUUCGAACAUUAUCUGUAACACGUCAAUUAUUUGAUCUUGAUUUGAAAAUAAAAAAUCAAUAUGCUGCUCGUUUAUUUGUUAAUUCAUCAAAUACAAGUCAACAAUUUGGUGGUUUUGGUCGUGGUUAUCAAAGUAUUGGUGAAAAUGUUACAAACUCAAGACGUGAUCGUCAUGAAGGUUUUGAUCUUUAUCGUGAAUUAGAUUGGCAUCAUCCACUUCGUUUGCAAUUCAAUGAAAAGCAUUUAACAAAUAAAAACUUACCUGAUUAUCGUGAAAUGGCAAUAGGAUGGAAUCCAUGGCCUAAAGAAUUUCCAUUAUUUAAAGAAACAAUAAGUGAAUAUACUACAGCAAUGUUACAAGUUGGUGCACGAGUGAUGCGUGCUAUUGCUCUUUCAUUGAAUUUACCAUUAAAUUAUUUUGAAUCGACAUUUAAUGAUU